AUGGAAACUUUGACAAUCUUGGAACCAAACCUUCUUGGAUUCAGUCUUUUUUUCUUUGUGAUUUAUCUCUUUGGAUACUUUUACAUCUUUAAAGAUUGGAAUGAAAAAGUGAGGUCUGAUGCUUCAAGUUGUGUAAUGUCUUUAGCACAUGGUACACCUGCAGUAAUCUUAUCCAUAUACUCAAUGUUACAAAAUUCCCAAACUUCAUUCCAAAAUCUUGAUUUUUCCACCCAAAACUCACCACUUCAAGAAACGAUACUUGAAUACAGCAUUGCUUACUUCUUAGCUGACCUUUUACAUUACUUUGUCUUUUAUCCAAGUGAUGUUCUAUUCAUUGCUCAUCAUUUGGCUACCCUUUAUGUCUUUUUAACUUGUCGGUUCGUCGUUCAUCAUGGUGCAGCCACCCUUAUUGGCCUUCUUGUUAUAGCUGAGAUCACAAGUCCUUGCCAGAACACAUGGAGUCUUUCUAGAUAUCGAAAAAUCGAUACGCCUGUGGCUGCUAAAUUAUAUGAAAAACUGUCACCAAUCUUUUAUUUGUUCUAUAGUUUGGUUAGGGGGAUUCUUGGACCCUUGUUUGUUUACAAGAUGGGAUUGGCUUUUGCAAGUGGAAAAGCAGAUGGUGUGAUUUCUAGACCUAUGUGGAUUUCUUGGAUGAUUGUGAUUGUAAGUGCCAUUUUGGUUAGUAUUUUGUGGGUCGUGAGUCUUUGGGUAGACUUCUUUAGAGAAAGACCGAAGAAGCAGUUGAAGAAAUGUAAUUGA